UUAAUGAAUAAACUAUCUUCCAUGAAGUACUCCGGAAAUGGCUCGAUUCGCGAGCAUAUUAUGGAAAUGCGAGAUAUUGCAGCGCAACUCACCGCACUUGAAGUAACCAUCUCUGAUUCAUUCUUAGUACACUUUAUUUUGAACUCUUUGCCAUCUGAAUACGUACAAUUUCAGAUCUCUUAUAAUACACAUAGAGAUAAAUGGUCAAUUAAUGAAUUGCUGACCAUGUGUGUGCAAGAGGAAGGGAGAUUAAUACAAGAGAAACAAAAUGCAGUCAACUUUAUUUCUCAAAAGAGACAAAUAAAGCGUGUUAAGAAUGGUAAGGGCAAGAAUGACUCAGAAAGAAAGAACAAGGAAGCUCCAUCUGAUUCACAAGGCCAAUCAAGUAAUUGGACUCCCAAGUGCUUCUUUUGUAAGAAAAAUGGUGAUAUAAAGAAGGACUGCCAAAAGUAUCAGAAAUGGCUCCAGAAUAUGGGGAUUUCAGAAUCGGAGAAAACCCAGUAAAGAUGAAGCGACUAUCUAUACAGCUGAAGGAAAUCCAACUAAAGUAGAAUUUGUAGGAACAUUUAGAUUAGUUCUUUCUACUGGUCAUAUUUUUGAUUUAGUUGAUACAUUUUAUGUUCCAAAUUUUUCUAAGAAUUUAAUUUCUAUUUCGAAA